UAAAAAAUUCCCCAUGAGCGCGCAUCGAGGUCCAAAGUUUGCUCUCGAACUACUUGCAGGUUGCACGCAGGUAUCCUUCUCAAUGACUACCUUCUCGUUAUUUCGAAUAGGUCUCUCUGAGAAUACGUAACCUUGAGUGUACUCGCUGCCACAUCGUGUAGCAAUGUUGCGCAAAGAGUUGAGAGAAAUAUGCCGACCAGCCAUCUGAUGAAAUCGAAGAGAAUCAAAGUUUGGUGAUGAACUAGUAGCACCGAACUGCAGUUGUUGAGAGGACCCCACAGCUGGUUCAACAAUAGCUGGGUCAUUAAUCGUGCUGCUAAUGCUUGUCAGACGAGAAGUAAUCGAUGCCGAACAUGGCACAUGGAAAUCCGAAGGAUCUAG